ACACCGACCGCCCCCAGACUCACUCCCGCCUUCUGCUUCAACAGGACUGCUCUGCAAGACUUCCUCCGCAUAUCACGCAGCGCCGUCGACGACACAAUCUCUCAAAACCUAAACGCACUACUAUCGCCGAGUCAAGACGUUUGGGACCCCCAUAGCACAUCACAAAGGUUACCUCGUCCAACAGGCAGACGUGCCAUCCCCGCACCUGCGUGCACGUCCUUCAAACAAAAUGUCUUGUUUCCUUCAUGGCAGGCCCGUAGCGAUGUCCUCGCAUACUGUGGUGGCGUUGCGACGUCGCCGGACCCCGAUGAUCCGGAUCAUAUCCUGAGAGAAGUCGAAGAUGCAAAGGCCAGAGAAAGAGUCGUGAAUGAGAGAUUAGAUCCGUAUAGUGGACGUUACUUUCCGAGGGAAGUGAGGACCGAAGCUUUGGCGGCGCUUGUACGGAGUGAACUGAUGGUUGACAGUAUCGUGCGUUCUCGGACAUGGGGCAUGGUCAGGGAAAGAUGCUGUGAUGACGAGUAUGACGGCGAGAAGGCACUAGACAAGUGGCGGCAAGAGAAGAGC